UCUUUUUCUGUUCCCUUGCCCAUAACAAAUGCCACCAACUCCACAAUCCAGUUCUGCUCCUCUCACCAUGUAUCCAACCACCAUCUUUUUCAACCAUCACCACCCCCUUUUCUUCUUCCUCUUCUUCUUGUUACUGAGCUCCUCUUCAUUGCCAUCUGUCCUCUCAUCAAGCUGCUCGCUCAAGUAUCAGGACACCAGCAGCAGCCAGAAGACCUUUGAGAACUGCAUAAAACUUGGCAGUCAGGAAGCUACCCUAGCCUACACCUACUUCUCACGGAACUCAUCCGUCGACCUAGUCUUCUCCGGCAAUUUCAUCUCCCCCGCCGGCUGGGUGGGCUGGGGGAUUAACCCAAUCACGGCUGGCCAGAUGGUGGGCGCCAACGUACUCAUCGCCUUCCGCGACCCGACCACCACCAAGCCCAUUCUGCUUCCUUACGCCCUCUCCUCAUCUGUCAAAUCCCAGCAAUCAACCUUAGUUUCCUCCACCUUCACCAAACCAAACAUCACCUCUUCCUCCCUCCUGAUCAUCGGCACCAAAGUUCAGAUCUUCGCCACACUCACCCUCCUACCCAACCAGACGAAACUGAACCACAUUUGGAACCAUGGCGCCUAUGUCCAAGGCUACUCGCCGACGAUCCAUCCAACGUCGCCGGCUGACCUCGCCACCGCCAAAACCAUCGAUGUAAAGACUAGUACCAUCUCAGGGAGAGGAUCCGCCGCCGCCUACACCACCAGACUCAGAACUGCACAUGCCACCCUCAAUUCUCUGUCAUGGGGUUUUCUUCUCAUCCUUGGAGCUGUGUCGGCUCGUUACCUGCGCCACCAACUUCCAUCUUCCGACCCCUUCUGGUUUUACGCCCACGUCGGGCUUCAGAUGACAGGCUACGCGGCAGGAGUCGCCGGCUGGGCCACCGGGAUGCGUUUAGGAAGCCUUUCGGAGGGUGUGGUGCAUGGACUGCACAGGAAGCUUGGCACGGCGCUCUUCUGCCUGGGGACGCUGCAGAUGAUGGCCAUGUUCUUCCGGCCAAAGAAGACGCACAAGUUCAGGAAGUACUGGAAGUCCUACCACCACCUUGUGGGGUACGCCUGCGUGGUGGUGGCCGUGGUGAACGUGUUCCAAGGGUUCGACGUGAUGCAGUUGCAAGCGGGCUCUCCUGCCAAGAUGGCCUACUGCCUCGUGCUUUCCACCAUUGUUGGUGUUUGCGUUGCUCUUGAAGUGAACGGCUGGUUGUUGUUCCUCAGAAGGAACAGGGAGCAGCACUCAGAGUCGGAUCGGGAGUCUGCGGACUAUGACGACAAAGCUGGGGGAUGGAUGAUGGCUCAUUCCUGCUAGAUGGAAACCAAUAAUGUGAAAGCUUUUGUCCAUGGACCGGUAUUUCGUUUCUAAUGUUUGCAAAUUUUGAAGUUGGCACAGCUAUUGAACAUUAGUUUCUGCCACCUCCAGUGAAUCUUAUUUCAGGAAUCUAAAGGAACAACUUUUGGCUA